CCCUGUGACCAACAUUUUCUUCCUCGUUCUCUUCAGUGUGGGGGUCGAGAUGAGGUUCACUGCUGAACUAAAGACCACAGCGCUCGAUAAGGAUUACCGAGAGAACCCGCUCUUUCUUCGAGGCACUCUUGUACCAGCAUUCAUCCUUUUGGUAAGAAGAUAACGACUACCAAAUGAAAACUGUUUGUGGUCCCAAAAACAAUGGCAAGGCCUGAAUCUGAAGACUGCACUUCUGAUCAUCUAAACUGCACCUCUGACCACGUAAGAAAAAUACUUGAAACCAUGCUGAAGGACAAGCAAAGCCUUUCACAUAAAGAACAAACAACGCUUGGAAGUUACGGGACAAGACCAUCACCAAGCCUGAAAGCCAUGAGUGACCAGAUGUUGACACAACCUCAACACACUUCCAGGCCUACUUUGAUGAAAGCACAGGGAUAUUAUAAUAAUAAUAAUAAUUCAGAAUGGGUGUCCCCUUUAGGAAAGAAGGACUCUAAUACUUUUCACUGGGACAACUCAAUUCAAAGACCUCCUGGUUAUCCAGCACUGUCCUCUGGAAAUAAUGCACAUGUGAAUGUUAUGAACAGUGAGAACCUCAACAAUAUGCACAGCUGGCCUCACCAAGAAAAUACUGUUAGAACCUUGCCUAAGGACUGUAUCCAACAGAGAAAGGCCACAGGUCAUGCUAACUUUGCUCCCAGUGUUUCACAUCAAGCUGACCUUGGUUCUGAAUGUAGCAAAAAACACCCUGAAGUCUUUAAAUUGCCUGCCCUGAACAUUCAGUCAAAGUUUGAGAAUGUCGGCAGGAUACAUAAAUCAGUUUCUCACAAAAGAAAACAGUUUUUUGUUACAGUGAGUGAGGAUAAUACUGGAUUUGGAUUUGUUGCUGAAAAUGUUGUUUCUGCAGAUGAACUGGUCAAACCAGAUAACUCGUACACAAGGACAUUGGAUAAUAGCAUAAGACACUUUAGUGGACAGUUUGGCAAGAGCAGUCUUGAUGCUCGUUCCAUAUCUGCGCAGGCUCAUCAGCAAAGUGCUUUUUUGCCUAAAGAGAAUCAUCAUCACAAGAAUGUUCCUCAGAAAGCUGUUGCUGUUGUGGCACCUUUAGCUCAGCAUGUAAUAACAGGUGCUGAAUUUUCACAAGACUCAACCAAAGGAAAUGAAGGAGGCCAUGGAACAAGAACUGUACCAGAUGAGCAGUCACAUCAUAGUUAUCUUUCAUGUCCGUUACAAUCAAGGGUAAAUGAGUCUUUGUGUGAUAAUGAGGCACAAAUUCAUAUGUCUCAGGAAAUGCCAUCAGAAUCAGUAAUGACCACUGAGUUUUCUCAGUGUUCAGAGCCAGAGGGUCCUGUUACAGCGAAGGAACUUUCUAACCAAAGUGGAAGUUUGAGCUCCAUGCCUGUUGGUAGCAUUCAUGUGGAGAGAAAGGAGUCAGUGCAGUCAUCCCACGUGAAGGACCAGAGCAUUGCUGUUGAUACAGCAAUAAACAAAAGUUAUGAUGGCACAGAAACAAGAAUGGACCCAGAGUCAACUAAUAGGUGGUCUGCUGUACCUGUAACAAAGUGGUCUCUUCAGAAAUUACAAACAUUGGUCAUUAAUUCAGAAUGGAGGCAGAAAAAGUCUCAGAAAGAGAUCCUUCUCAAAGAAUUUUUAACUACAAUUAUAAACUUGUAUUGGGGUGGAGAUUAUCGAAAACUCUGUGAGGCUGCAAGAUCAGACAUUUAUACCAACAUCAUGAAAGAAGUCAAACUUCACCGUGGAACCAAAGAUUCUGUAAUACUACAGGAAAUUCCAAAAGAGAAAUUUGACCAACUUGCAGAGCACUUUCACAUCUUAAAACAUGACUCUGCACCAACCGAGGUGAUCCAGUCAUCCUUUUCGAAUCUUAAUGAGAAAGUUGAUGACAACAAGGAAUGUGGUCAUUCGUUAUCCUUAAUGACUUUUCAUAGUGCACCAGAAGUAGAUGUUGAAGUAGUGGAGAGGCAGAAAAACAUGCAUGUGGCUGAAAAUGAUAAAGGAGAGGCAUCUAAUGAAGCAUCAAGUAGAGCAAUGUCUUUUGCACUGGGACAAAGUCAACCAUUACCAACUGUGCAUGAAAAAAAACGCAAAAGUGUUGGAGACGGUAUCUUAAUGGAUAAUAACAAUCCAGUGAGGACAGAUCUUAAAACUAAAUGGACUAGUUCUAUCAGAGAGACAGUAGGACAAAAAGAGCCUUUGCUAGAGUGCUUGAGUAAGCCAUCAACAGAGACUGCUGAUAACUGCAAAACAGUAACAGUGAGCUAUGAUGCAAUAGGGGAACCAUCCAAACCAGAAGAAGAAAAUCAAAGUCCAAGAAACGAAGUGUCUUUGCUAGUGUCCUUGAAUGAGCAAUCACCAGCUGUGAGUGAUGACUGUGUACAUGUAAAGCCAGACGAUCUGCUCCAACUCCCUGCAACAGAGAAGACUCCUCCAUUAGAUGACUGUGGUAACUCCUCAGACUCUUCAGAUCCUUUUGCUUUUAUUAAAAUAAAGGUUCUCUCCUCUGAAAUGGCUAAAAAAAUUGCUGCUAGUGAGUCAUAUGAGGAGGUAGAGAAUAUACAAAAAGAUGUUUCUGUACAGACCAUAACUGAAAACAAUGAUCAAGUCAUUGUAAAACUAUGUGACCAGAUGUCUGAGGAUGAAGAGCACAUGGACGCUAAAAUAAGUACAGCUGAGAGCAACGCCACAGGGGAAUUACAGAAGUACUGUUGUUUUCCUAAAUGGUUCCAGGUUUUAGGAUAUGCAACUGACUUGGUUUGCAAGUGUGAGAAAGAAGAGUUGAGUUCUGGAAAUGAUGUCUUCUGUAGAGAUGUGAUAAAGGAGAUGACCAUGACUGGAAAAAAUGUGCCAAUGUCACCCAUUCUAGGUGAUGCCAGCAUGGAUGAGAUUGAGAUUGUGGAUGUCAUCACUGAUUAUGAGGAUGUCCUUAAAAUAGCAAAUGCAAUAUCGGAGCAGUUGACAGAUAAGCCACUUGCAGAAUGUGGGCCAGAUGCUUUCAAGAAGGAAAAACAUCACAGACCUAAUGCUUAUCAGAAGAAAAGGACCUGCCACUCACCUUGUGGUCAGAUUGCAUCCAAGGCUAAUUUAAUUUCCGAUCUUAGCAGUGAUGCAUCGCAGAUGGACUUGGCCUUACCUUUAACAUUUACAGACAUUGCUAAUCUUCAGUGUGAUGAACAUGGUAGAGAGACCACAACUACUGAGUUCCAGAAGGAGACUAAGAUAGUAAAUCUUGCAUUAUAUGGAUCAUCCGAGUUGAGACAUAACAGAUCUACAACGACAAACAGUUGUGCAAAGGAAAAAGGAUUUUCGGAUGAAGAACAUUUCCCUCCAGCAACUAUUAAUGUAAGAGUGAGCCCUUGUUUGAAUAAUUAUGCAAACAGCAACAAGAGCCAGACUACCAAACAACGCAUUUUAAAAUCUUGGAGGAGCAGCCAUGUGCCCAUGAAGAUGUUUACCGACCGCAGAUUAAAGAAGCUGAAUAGUGCAAGAAGAACUGAAUCAAAAAGUGAUGCUGAAAGUACCUCAAGGAUUAAAACAGGUGCAUGUUCAACAGCAUUUGAUGUGGUGAGGACCUUGCUGUCACAUCAAGAUGACAUGCAAACACAUGACUUGGAAUCAAUGAGAGAUAAAACUGUACGCAUAGCUAACCAACACAAAAAUGCAGCUAGUCAAUCAAAGGAUAAAAGCAAUUCAACUAAAAAGGAUAAAACAAAGCAAAAACGUAAGGAGACAUUGGCAUCAAUUAAUCCUAACACCAGACAGAAAGCAAAUAAGAGAAAGUCAACUCAGUCAUCAUACGAGUUGCCCCACACUUCUAGCAAAAGCAAACAGGAGUCACACAGGGAUUUAAAACUGGAUUUCAAAGUUCUCCCAGAAUCUUUCAACUUUACAGAUGGUAACACCAGGAUGGAAGCUGAUCGGUCUGCAAGCGCAAAGUGUGAAAUGCCAGGCCUGAAUGUUAAGGCUCGAAAUCUGAAGAAGACGACAUUGGGUAAGCCAGGGGCCUGGUGUGUCAGCCCCAGGAGGAAAGGACAUCUAAAAUCUACACUUGCCUCAAAUGUCUCUGUGUCACUUGGCACAUUUCAACAGUUCAAGAGAAGAUAUGAAGAAAAGAAGCAGAGAUUGCUUCCGAAAACUACUUGAAAAAAAAUAAUGGGCUAGACAUUAGAGAGACAUCAAUAAAAAUAUUUUGUAAUAACCCUGCAUGUAGUAUGUAUAUUUGACGACCUCUAGAGUCUGAAAAAUAUUUCAAUUUACACAAGAGUUGUAAAGCUGCAUUCCAGGACUGCUCUCUAAAGGGGUGAGAGAAGUGGACUCCAAACAGAAGAAUGGAGGGUUCAUGCAGGGUUGUUGGAUCAGUGAAUUAUUAUUAUUAUUAUUAUUAUUAUUAUUAUUAUUUAUUAUUAUUAUUUAUUUAUUUAUUUUUUUUAAGGAUGUACUUUAAAUAGUGCUAUAAUAUGGUAUACUGUAUUAGUAAUGUUCUAAACAAUUACCUUUACAUUUACACAGGGUUGGGAUGUAAUUAAAUGCAAGUAUUGGGAAUACAUACUUAGGAUACAAAAAUUAAGUAUCUGUAUUUAGCCUAGGUUAUACUUAGACAGUGUUCAGAAUACAGUUACCUUUUACAUUUUUGGGUAAAAUACUUUAAGAAUAUUUACCCACUAACUAAAUAACAUACGGUAUUCAAAAGAAACAUCAAUGCUUGUUUAGGAACUAUUUCAGAGCCAGCGCACAACAUGGAAAACAUGCUUGUUCAAAUUCUAAAGAGGACCUCUUUACAAACAAUGAAAUUCCUGCUAAAGCCUGAACAGACUGAUAAAUCAAGUCACGGACACUGCCAACCAGUAACAGCGAGGAGCAGUAUGAAGUGUAAAAAAAAAAGUUCCCAUGUUUCUUACCAAGAUGUAUUGUAAAUGUAUUCUAAAUGUUUUCUGAAUACAUUAUUUUUUAGUACGUUUUAGUAAGUGUUGUGAUGGAAUACCUUGCUGAAUACAUUUAGGACAGUGUAUUCAGCCAUUACUACUUUUUUAAAGUGUUUUGUCCAACGCUGCCUAUACUUGAUAUAAGCUGAACAUACACUGUGUAUCAUUUUGUGUCAUUUUUGAACACAAAAAUAGCAGCUGGAUUUGUUGUAGAAGUGCCGGCUGUUCAGGAAUGUCUGGCACCAGUGAUUUUCAUCAUAAGCUCAAUUGUCUGCUUGGUAAAUCCAUGAUAAAGGUUUACAAAGUCAGAUUGUAAUCAUAAGCCUCUCAACCAAAUCUGAAUAUGCAUAACUAUAAGAACAGUAUUUGGACGCUUUUCCAAUAUCUUUGCUUUAAAAAGACAUUAUGACAACAGAAAUGCUGCAAAGUUUGAUUCACAGAGGGAUAAUUAUACCCUUGAGUAUGAAUGUCAUUUGCCGUCAUUGCAGUCCUAUUAAAAUUUAGCUGUGUCCAGUGUCUGGAGAGAAAGCAAGACUGAGAGCAGUAGUUAAUUCAGUCUGGACCUUCUGGAUUCAGUUCAUGACUACAUGCAGGGUGUCGAAACUCUGGCCCUUGGGCCAACUGUGGCCUGCAGCAUCACUCUUAAGAAUACAUUGUUCUGGCCCCCCACCAGCACAUUGAAAUAUUUCCAGAUGGUGAAAGUUAGCUAAACUUAUGAGCCAUUUUCAUUGACUGAACCUGCAAAUAAAUUUACAGAAUGACACUUAGUGAUGGCUACAGCACAAAGGGCAAAGUGCAAAGUUGACAGUGCGGACUGGCCAUUUCAAGAGAGAUGGAAAUCAGAAUAUUUUUUCAUUGAGAGCCACAGCAAAUGUUUGUGUCUCAUAUGCCAAGAAACUGUUGUAAAUAAGAAAUUUAAUAUAAAGAGACAUUAUGAAACAAAGCGUGGGCGUAACAGUAAAUAUUCAGGAGAUGGGGAGGCAGAGAAACUUAAGCACCUGAAAGCUACACCUGGUGACUAUGCUAAUUGUUAUGCAUGGAAAACCUUUCUCUGAUGGUGAAUUUUGAAAAGAGUGCUUAACUAUAGUGGUCAAUGUCAUUUGCCCCUGAAAAUAAAAGGAGGGCUUUAAGAUCGUCUGUCUUACCUGUAACACUACAGCCCGGAGAACUGAGGAUGUGUCAUCAGAUAUUAGGAAACAGUGAAAGGAUUCAUGCUUUUGACUGUUUUUCACCAGCUUAUGAUGUAAGUAUGGAUGUGACUGGUUUUGCCCAGCUGUGUGAAUAUCACUGAAUCAUUUCUGGAUCUUCAGAGUCAGAGGGCCACAGUGGAUUUAUUUCAGUUUGUCAAUUUGGCAGUUGAAGACACAAAACUGUGCUGGGACAAACUGAGUAGAAUGGCUACAUACCAGCGAUGACGGGUGAGUAGAGUGGAUUAACCUCACUCUUUUGCAUCAAAGUGAAUGAGCAGGGUGGGAGCACCCUUAAACUUACCUGCUUAAUACACCAACAGCCUCUGUGUGCUAAGUGCCUAAAAUUGGAUCAUAUCAUGACUGAAUCAAGGCACCAAAGCCUCUGCCAGUUUCUUCAAGAUAUCCAGGGCGAAUAUGGCAAUGUCACUCACCACAACAAUCUCCAAUGGCUCAGUCGCCACUUAGAGUGGAGUUUCUAACUGAAAAGGGACAUCCAGAGGAGGAACUGCCUGAUCCUGCUUGCUGGCAGAUAUGGCAUUGUUAGUGGAUAUUUUCCGAAGUAUUUGAAUGUGCCAAACACCAGCUUACAAGGAAAAG